AAUCUCUCCACCGUCUUUGUCUUCCCUGUCUUUCCCCGCCCGCACCUUCCUCACACCCCUCUCGCUUUUCCACUUACCUCUCAACUCCGCUCACCACCAGAUCUGCGAGAGCCUGGGGCAUUCGAACCUGUAGUUCUAACUCGCGAAACAAUAUCUAAAAUCGGUAUAUACUGCAAUUUUCAACAAACAACCAGUCCCGUCGGACCACAUGGCGUCCGUUGAACACUGUCUCUACUGCUUCGAAACCCUGGCUUCGCGUCUGGAAAAGCGGAGGGGAUUCUCACUCCCGGAAGUACAGAAAUUAUGCCGCGAGUAUGCCAAGACGCCAGCGAGUGAGGGAAGCAUCGGCAGCAGUUUCAAUAAGAAGCAGCUUCCCGCAUUUCGACGCCUUGCCAACCCUUCUAGUGACACCGGCUCGGCAUCGUCGGGCUCUAGUAUGUCCCUCGCCACAGAGACAUCAGCUACCUCGCUGGAGUCUCUCCCGGACGCUGCCGACAUCACCGACAACGACGAGGCCGAAGGGGAAGGAGGAGAAGAGGAGGAGGUGGAGGAGGAGGAGGAGAAGGAAGACGACGAACUCAUCACCGAAUCCCCGCUCUUCGUGACCUGGAACACCGUCUCCCGACGUUCGGCGCACCGCUCCCUCCGCGGCUGCAUCGGCACCUUUGAGGCACAGAAGCUCGACCUGGGCCUGGCGGAAUAUGCUCUCACGUCGGCAAUACACGAUACGCGCUUCCCCCCGGUGGAGAGAAACGAGCUGCCCGAGCUGGAGGUGGCAGUGACCCUGCUGACCGAUUUCGAGGAAUGCGACGACGCCAUGGACUGGACGUUGGGCGUCCACGGCCUCCGCAUCAGUUUCACUUAUCACGGGAGGCGGUACGGCGCCACGUAUCUGCCCGAUGUCGCCGUCGAGCAGGAGUGGACAAAGGAGGAGACCUUGGUGAGCCUCAUGCGCAAGGCCGGGUGGAUGGGCCGUAGGGACCGUUGGCGCGAUGUUGAGCUCAAAGUCGUGCGCUAUCAGGGCAAGAAGGUAAGCAUCGAAUAUGCCGAAUACCUUAAGUGGUAUGAAUGGGCGCGGAAGAACGGCAAGACCAAGGAUGGUAAGGCCUCCUAGUAAUGCGAAUGAAUGCGGGUGUCACACUGGCCCGGGGGGUGAG